AUGGAGAGUUUCAGAGUCGUGGGGCCAUAUGACAAAAAUGUCAUCUACGUAUCUGAACCCGAUGUGGGGAGGUCUAGACACCAUAGGGACUCCUCCACAACAGAUUUUCCAGAAACAACACAUAUCACCUUACUAGAAACAAAUCCCUGCUUAGUCCAAUAUUGUACUAAAGGAAGAGAAUGCGUUGUGCAGAAUGGAGAAGCGAAAUGCAUCUGUCAAAGGGAAUGUCCUCCCCACCGAAGGACAGUCUGUGGAUCGGACGGUGUCAUUUACCCAAACCACUGCGAAUUACACAAGGCAGCGUGUUCGAAAUCUACCACCAUAACUGCCAUGAGAGGAACAUUUUGUGGAAAUGGGUGGUCGCCAAUUAGACAGCAACGGCCCGAAACACAUGAAGAACUAUCGACAAGAGCUGUUAUCGCCAAACAAAAUGUCACUACAUCGGUUCCUGUAGAAGUUCUAAACAUAACAUUGGCGUCAACAACGAACAGAAUGUCAACGGAGGAG